UGUGCUGUAGCGAACCCUGGGCAGUGCUGCUCGUUCUCUGAGCCGUCUGACGUCCUCAGCCACUUAGGGGACUCAACUAUUUUUGCUUAUAUUGGGUCAUUUCAUCAUAUUUUCUGAGAGUCAAGAAGGGCCAACCAGCGAGGGAAAAGAAGAGCUGGGAGUUAGGUGUCUUCUAAGAAGCUUCUGUAGCUGGUACCAUGAAACAGCGACAAAAGAGGAAACAUCUGGAAGAUGAAGAGUCCCAGGAAACGGCCGAGCAGGGAGGAGGAGUCUCGAAGUUGCAGGAGGCUGCCCUUCAGCUUGGAUCCCCUGGGGUGGCCAAAGGCUGGGGCGCAGGGGUAGGGGAGGUGUCCUCUGCCUCUGAAUACUUCUCCUGUGUUUCUUCUCCACGCAAGUUCAUCCAUGGUGGAAUCCGGAGAGUACAUCGAGACAGUCCCCAGCCUAGAUCACCCCUAGUCCAGGGUCAGGAGCGAGGGGAGACUGCUCCCCCCUCACACCAGGUCUCCUUCUCGUCCCCUUCAUCCUAUAAGACCUGUGUGUCCUCUGUGUACAGAAACAAAGAGGAAAGGGGCAUGAAAAUAUACUACAUGCAGGUACAAAUGCAAAAGGGUGUGGCUGUCUCCUGGGAGACAGAGGAGACCUCGGAGUCACUAGAGAAGCAGCCGAGGAUGGAAGAAGUGACCCUUCCUGAGAACGUGCGGGUAGGUACUCCCCCCUCUGAUGUGUCCACCAGAAACCUGCUGUCUGACAGCGAGCCCAGCGGGGAGGACAAGGACCACGAGGAGCGGGCAGAGUCAGACAGCCCGCCAGGCUCACCCACUGUUGAGGAGAGACCCAGGGCCAAGACCCCCGACUGGCUGGUGACCGUGGAGACUGGCUUCCGAUGCAUGGCCUGCUGCCGGGUCUUCUCCACCUUGGAGGUCCUCCAGGAGCACGUCCAGUACGGGAUCAGGGAGGGCUUCAGCUGCCAUGUGUUCCACCUCACCAUGGCUCAGUUGACGGGCAUCGUGGAACCUGAGUGCACCCAGGAGGAGGAGGAUGAGAACGAGGAGGAGGGGGAAGAGAGGCAGGAAGAAAAGGACGAGAAGGAGCAGCCUGCGCAGGAGGACCCUCGCGUGAAGCGACCCUGAAGCCAGUGCUCAGGCUGUGUGUUUCAUUCUCCAAAGGACAACAACAAUUGAGAUCCAUGAGCCAUAAAUUCCUGGAAGACGGUGUGGCCUUCUUUUGGGAGAAGGAGAAGAAAGGAUCCUGGGGAUAGUAGCAGAUAAAAUGCCAAUGAUGUGAAGAAAGAUGAAGGAACUGGCAUUCAAUCUGGCAUCACAUGAAAAUAUAAAUACCAUAUACAAUAAAGGCUGUUUUCCAAACCUUA